CCUGGACGUUUGAGCCUACAGGUGGCGCUGCCGGGUACAGGGACUGCCCAACGCCAGCCAUCUUUCCGCCUGUCUGCCGGCUCGUUGUUCAUCGGGCGCGGACCGGAAGCGCUGGGAGAUGUGGAUGGGAGACAGGACCUGAAAGUACUGAGAAGAGUUCAUGAUAAUACUGUAGUCGGAGGGAACGGCGAUUCGAGUCAUCGGGGGGCGUAGAGCGUCGAGUUGGCGAAGCCGCAGGGAUGGAACCGACUGUUGCUGUCUUUGAUGACAUGGAGAAGUUGAACUCGACUGGAGAUGCGAAUGAAUCCAACAAUGAGGUCUACACUCGCUUUAUGAAGUCACACAGAUGCUAUGAUCUUGUCCCCACCAGCUCCAAACUUGUGGUAUUUGACACUUCUCUGCAGGUAAAGAAGGCUUUCUUUGCCCUGGUGUCAAAUGGAGUUCGUGCUGCACCUCUCUGGGAUAGCAAAACACAGAGCUUUGUGGGAAUGCUCACAAUCACAGAUUUCAUUAAUAUUUUACACAGAUACUACAAGUCACCACUGGUUCAGAUCUAUGAACUAGAGGAACACAAAAUAGAAACAUGGAGAGAGGUUUAUCUACAAGAUUCUUUUAAACCAUUGGUGAGCAUCUCCCCAAAUGCCAGCUUAUACGAUGCAGUUUCAUCGCUGAUCAAGAACAAAAUUCAUCGUCUUCCAGUCGUUGAUCCUUUAACAGGGAAUACACUCUAUAUUCUUACACACAAGCGCAUUUUGAAGUUUCUGAAACUCUUUAUUUCAGAGAUGCCCAAACCAGACUUUAUGUCCAAAACAUUGGAAGAGUUGAACAUUGGAACAUACAAUAACAUUGCAGUGGUGAAGAAAAAUACUCCUAUUUAUGUGGCCUUGGGGAUCUUUGUGGAAAAAAGAGUGUCUGCAUUGCCAGUUGUGGAUGAAUCUGGGCGAGUAGGGGAUAUCUAUUCUAAGUUUGAUGUCAUUAACCUAGCUGCAGAGAAGACGUAUAACAAUCUGGAUAUUACUGUAACCAAAGCAUUGUUGCAUCGCUCCCAGUACUUCGAGGGUGUGCUGAAGUGUUACAAACAUGAAACUCUUGAGACAAUUAUCAACCGACUUGUGGAAGCAGAGGUUCAUCGGUUAGUUGUGGUCGACGACAAUGAUGUAGUGAAGGGGAUUGUCUCACUUUCUGAUAUUCUACAGGCACUCGUGCUAACUGGAGGAGGUGAUAUAUCAUCGGACCUCGAACAGUAGGAGAUGUAUGGACAAAGUGUACCAUUGGCAUUUUCCCCUCGUAGAGGUCUCAGCAGCCUGAAAAUCUUUUAUCUACGGACACACACCCAUGAUGGCAUAACCUCUUUC